AAUUGGAGGAGUCGUUGUUAGGCGGUCCCGGAGAACUAGUCUGGGAGGGAGGAAGGUUGCAAGAUGGUGUUGGAAAGCACUAUGGUUUGCGUGGACAACAGCGAGUACAUGCGGAAUGGGGACUUCUUACCCACUCGGCUGCAGGCCCAACAAGAUGCUGUCAACAUUGUAUGUCACUCCAAGACCCGCAGCAACCCUGAGAACAACGUGGGCCUUAUCACACUGGCCAAUGACUGCGAAGUACUGACCACACUCACCCCUGACACCGGCCGCAUCCUGUCCAAGCUUCAUACUGUCCAGCCCAAGGGCAAGAUCACCUUCUGCACUGGCAUCCGCGUGGCCCAUUUGGCUCUGAAGCACCGACAGGGCAAGAAUCACAAGAUGCGCAUCAUUGCCUUUGUGGGGAGCCCUGUGGAGGACAAUGAGAAGGAUCUGGUGAAACUGGCGAAACGCCUCAAGAAGGAGAAAGUAAAUGUUGACAUUAUAAAUUUUGGAGAAGAGGAAGUGAACACAGAAAAGCUGACAGCCUUUGUGAACACACUGAAUGGCAAAGAUGGAACUGGUUCUCACCUGGUGACAGUGCCUCCUGGGCCCAGCCUUGCUGAUGCCCUCAUCAGUUCUCCGAUUCUGGCUGGUGAAGGUGGUGCCAUGCUGGGUCUUGGUGCCAGUGACUUUGAAUUUGGAGUGGAUCCCAGUGCUGAUCCUGAACUGGCCCUGGCCCUGCGGGUUUCCAUGGAAGAGCAGCGGCAGCGGCAGGAGGAGGAGGCCCGGCGGGCAGCUGCAGCCUCGGCUGCUGAGGCUGGGAUCGCUGCGACUGGGGCCGAAGACUCGGACGACGCCCUGCUGAAGAUGACCAUCAACCAGCAGGAGUUCAGCCGCACUGGGCUCCCUGACCUAAGCAGUAUGACUGAGGAAGAGCAGAUUGCUUAUGCCAUGCAGAUGUCCUUGCAGGGUACAGAGUUUGGCCAGGCAGAAUCAGCUGACAUUGAUGCCAGUUCAGCCAUGGACACAUCUGAGCCCGCCAAGGAGGAGGAUGAUUAUGACGUGAUGCAGGACCCCGAAUUCCUUCAGAGUGUCCUGGAGAACCUUCCAGGUGUGGAUCCCAACAAUGAGGCCAUUCGAAAUGCCAUGGGCUCCCUGGCCUCUCAGGCCACCAAGGAUGGCAAGAAGGAAAAGAAGGAGGAGGACAAGAAAUGAGACUGGAGCGGAAGGGUAGCUGAGCCUACCCGGGGGCUGCGUAGGGUGGGUGGGAUAUAGGGCUAGAUAUGUUAUCUGAACCAUUACAACCUAAAUAAAGCUUGACAACUUUU